AUGGCACGAGUCCUCCUUGCUCUGGCCGCCUCGCUCGUCGCCCUGGCGUGGCCGGCGUCGUGCCAACGCCUUCCGGUGGUCGCUCCGGUCACCAAGGAUCCUGCCACCUCCCUCUACACCCUCCCCUUCCACGACGGCGCCAAUCUCGUCGUAGACAUCGCCGGCCCCCUCGUCUGGUCCACGUGCCAGCGCGGCCACCUGCCGGCGGAGCUCCCGUGCAAGAGCCCGACCUGCCGCCUCGCCAACUCCUACCACGAUUGGCACGACGACGACAAGGCGUGCACGGCAUACCCGUACAACCCGGUCACCGGCGCGUGCGCUGCCGGGAGCCUCGUCCACGCGAGGUUUGUCGCCAACACCACCGACGGGAGGAACCCGGUGAGCCAGGUGAACGUGAGGGCCCUGGCGGCGUGCGCGCCGAGGAAGCUCCUGGCGUCGCUGCCCGGGGGCUCCACGGGCGUGGCAGGGCUCGCGGGCUCCGGCCUGGCGCUUCCGGCGCAGCUGGCGUCCACGCAGAAUGUCGCCAAGAAGUUCCUCCUCUGCCUCCCCCGAGGCGGCACCGACGGCGACGGCGUGGCUAUCUUCGGCGGCGGCCCGCUUCACUUCUGGGCGGACCCAUGGACGGACUACACGCAGUCAAUGGACUACACCCCGCUCCUGUCCAAGCAGGGGCAGGGCAGCCCCGCGCACUACAUCUCGGUCAAGUCCAUCAGCAUGGAAAACAGCCGCGUCCCCGUCUCCGAGCGCGUGCUCGCCACCGGCGGCGUGAUGCUCAGCACGAGGCAGCCCUACGCAUUGCUCCGCCGCGACGUGUACCGCCCGUUCGUCGACGCGUUCGUCAAGGCCCUGGCGGCGCAGGCUGCGCCGGGAGGGUCCGUGGCGCGCGCGGCGAGGCCUGUGGCGCCGUUCGAGCUGUGCUACGACGCGCAGACGCUGGGCAACACGAGGUUCGGGUACUGGGUGCCGAGCGUCACGCUGGCGCUCGACGGCGGGAGGGACUGGAGGAUGACCGGGGUGAACUCGAUGGUGGACGUCGAGCCGGGGACGGCGUGCCUUGCCUUCGUGGAGAUGAAGGGGGUGAGGGCCGGCGACGGUGGGGCGCCCGCGGUGAUCGUCGGAGGGGUUCAGAUGGAGAACAUCUGGAUGGAGUUCGACAUGGAGAAGAAGCGGCUCGGGUUGCGCUCGAUGCCGUACUAUAUGCAGUGCAGCCACUUCAAUUUCACUCCAAGCGCCUAG